AUGAUCGACGCGUCUGCAGAACUUCCCGCCAUCGCUAAGCUCCAGUACCUGCUUUCAUCGCUAAAGGGAGAAGCAGCUUUACCCUUUGAGCACACUCCUUUAACAUCCGACAACUAUCCAGUUACGUGGGCGGCACUUCUGAAGCGGUACGAUAAUUCACGGUUGUUAAUCCGUGAAUACUAUCGUAAAUUGCACCAUCUUCCGGGUGUGCAACUGGUGUGCGUCGACAAACUUACACAUCUAGUGGACGAAUUCACUCGCUUUGUCAACGGAUUGGUGAAGCUGAAGGAACCGGUGGAUGCAUGGGACACGCCGCUUUCGAAUAUGCUGAUCAUGAAGCUGGAUCGUGAGACGCUGCUGGCUUGGGAAAAACAUUCCGUGCAUUUCCCAAAGGAUAAGUACAAGGAUGUGAUCGCUUUUGUGCAGGAUCGGAUCCAGAUCCUAAAAUCAACGAAUGAUUUUGCAUGUGAGCAUAUUGGUAAUGUAAGAAAGGUGGCCGGCAAUCAUCAUCAGUCAAUGCAAAAAAGGUCCAUCGCAAAUGCAGCUGCAUCAAACGCGACACUUUCCUCACCCCCGGCUCAUUCUCAGCAAUUGAAGUGCCCCUUAGCAUGCACCGACGCUCAUCUUCUACGCAACUGUCCGAUAUUCAUCGCUAAGGAUGGUCAGCAGCGACGAGAUGUCGUUACAAACAAGCACCUGUGUUGGAAUUGUUUGAGUGGCACUCAUCACGUUAAAUCAUGCAAAUCUGAUUAUUCGUGUAGAACGUGCCGUCAACGUCAUCAUACACUUCUGCAUAUCACUCCGGCCACAGCAGUUACCAUGGCAGCACAUUUGGAUGACGAUAAGGUGUUUCUAGAGACGGCACAGAUUGUGAUUCGAGAUGAUUACGGUAAUGAGCAUGAGGCAAGGGCUCUACUGGAUUCGGGGUCCAUGUCGAAUUUCAUCUCUGAGGAAUGCGCUCGCAAACUAAUGACCAACCGCAACAAGGUCAAUAUUGCUGUUUCGGGCAUCGGAAAUGCGGUGGUACAUCAAGUAAGGGGUUCGAUCGUCGCUACAGUUCGGUCCAAGCAUCAACCCUUCGCUACGGAAAUGGCUUUCUUGAUUUUGGACAAGCCAUCAGCUGCCAUCCCUACUUCAUUUUCGGACAUCUCAUCGUGGAAAAUGCCAGAUGUGGAAUUAGCUGAUCGCGCCUUCAACGUUCCGGGGGAAGUCGACAUCAUCAUCGGAGGCGAUACUUUCUGGGAACUUCACACCGGUCGCAAACGCUCUCUCGGCAUGGGAAGACCGUGGCUGGUGGAAACCCAUUUCGGUUGGGUGGUCACCGGAAACAUUCAUCAUUCAUCGCCUGGUCCGCGACUGUGUCAUCUCGCAGCAACCGACAUACCAUUAGAAGACAUCAUGCAGCGGUUUUGGCAGAACGAAACCAUAGCCGACGAUACUGUUUUAUCGGUGGAAGAAGAUGCCUGCGAAAGACACUACGUGGCUACUACCGUCCGCAACACUUCGGGGAGGGGAUUCUAA